AUGACCAAACAUUCACCAAAAGUAUUCCCAGCCAUUCAAAAUAGGAUUAAUAAUGGGUUCUACACUAAGCCUGAGAAAGAGAGGGUAAUAGAAAGUGAGGAAUCAGAGAGCGAUGCAGGGAGCUCAGUGGAGGCAUCGGUAAAGGAAAUUAGUAAUAAUGAGGAGGCGGAGGAACAGAGUAGCGAUGACGAGCCAGUUAAGAUGCAGGCUAGUGAGGAAAGUAGUGAGCGAUCUGAGGUGUUGAAUACUCAAAGAGAUACAGAACAGUCAGCAAAAACACAAUCAGACAAGGAAGAAGGUGAAUCCACCAGAAGUGAGUCUAAGGACCAAGAAGAAAAAGAGGGGAGAAAAGAAGAGGAACAAAAGAGAGUAGAAGAAAAAGAAGAAGAGGAACAAAAACCAGAAGAAGAAGAUGAGCAGGGAGGUUACCUAUGUGAAACUAUCAAUCAUGACAGAUUUGCAGACAAGAAGAUAACCUGGGGGGAAAGAUCUAAAAAACCAACUGCUGAUAAAGCCGUCAGACAACACAGAAACACUCCCGCAAAGCCUGCUCAAGGAAUGAAAUACAAGAUGUUUAAAAAGACAAAGGAUCAGCAGGCUGCAAAGACAGAAAAACAACGGGCCAAAGCAGAGAAGCUAAGGUUGGAAAAGGAAGCCAAACAAAAAGCCAAGGAAGAAAAGGAGAAGAAAAAGAAGCCACAAAAAGAGUACAAAUCUCGUUCUACAACAGAAGGGGUUCAGCCUCCAAUGGGUAUUUCUCUUACCAGGACUGACCCAGCAAAAAGUGAGACCCAGUUAACAAAUAAAGUAAAAAAUAUCAAAGGGAGAGAUUCUUCUGUAGAAGUUGAUCUAAUCAUGCUUCCCAAAGCCAGAAGUGAAGAACUCAAAACCAUUCUGGAUCCAGAAGAGCAGCAGGGCGCUAAGAGUGUCAUUAACAGGAAGUCACAGAUGUUGCUCUUGGGGAAAGUCAAGACAUUAUCUCUCCAACGCAAAGCAACCAUGAUUUUGGCAAAGCCUGAUAAAGAAGAAACAGAUACACGCACAACUGAUGGGGGGUUCAAUAAUUUUAAUGACCAUUUGAUCGCACGGGAAAAAGGUAUGAAGAGUUUGUGCAGGCUGUCUGGCUGGAUUCAAAAGAAAAUGCCACAGGGGUUAAACUGGAGAAAAAAGCUUUCUGUUUGGACUAAAGCAAUUGGGAUUUCUCACUGGCUCUCAAUUCAAGCCAUAAACCAAAAACAUGGCCUAAGAAAAUCUAAGGGGAAUAUUUUCAAACAAAAGAUGGCUGUAGGAGUUGCCAGUAAAGCCAACCUGGCUAACAGGAAAAACAAGAGCUCCACUGAGGACAAAAUUGUUGAAGAGAGAGCAACCUUCCAGGGUAUGGACGAGGAAGGAACAGAAGAAACAGUCCUAGGUGGGGAGAAAGUUGUAGAAGCCAGAUAUGCUGUUGUACUCCCGACGAUGAAUAAACUAAGCAAAGAAAAUAUAACAGAAGCACCUAAGGCAGAUCUUCAAACUUCUACUCCAGCAAUUCUACCAGCAGAAACCACAACCCCAGAGCUCAGACCUCCAAAGCCAGGUGUCAAGUCUGUGCUCCCUGUCAAACCAGAUCUAAAUGUCGUAAAGUGCAUCAAGAAACCCUUGUCUGGAGGAUUAACAUCAGUUCAACAUGAGCCUAAAAGCAGUUCUGGACUCAAUGAGUCCUCCACUGAAGACAGAAACAGCAAAGGCAAUCAAGAUAGAGUCAAUAUGUUCGAAGUUGCAAGAGGGAAGGUGAACACCUCUCAAAUCAACAUAACCAAGAUGUCCUUGUCACUGGGUGGUCCAACACAGGCCUCAGGACAAGAAGAACAAAGAGGUAGUUUAGCUUCAAUGCCCACUUCUGCCACUCGACCAUUUCCAAGUGGAGAGUCCAGCGCAGAGAGAUCAGGUGUUCGGUCUUUGUGUGAAGAAGAAGCAGACAAGGAAGUAGCUCAUCUGAUGGGUGAGGGGAGAAUAUGUUCUAUCUCCAAACCAAAGGUACAUUGGACUGGGAACCCACGGAUGAGUGGAAAGCCUCAGGACUGGUUGUGCGCUGAGAACAUGUUGCCCCAUCAGACAGUGGAGAAGCUAACCAAAUGGACAGUCUAUGAGGAUGAAGGCCAAGCCCGGCCCAUUCCAUCCCACAAUGGCAGGGAAUGCUGGGAAUCAGAAGAUCCCAACCAGGAGAUGCUAGAGAGUCGACUAGUGAACAUACAGGUGAUGAUCCCCAGCAGCCAGAGUGCUAUAGAGGUGGAUGAGGUGGACGAUCUGUCCCAACUGGAAGAGGUGUGUGAGAGUUCUGUGCUUCUGAAUUUGAAGAAGAGGUUUCAUCGUGACUGGAUUUAUACUUACAUUGGAAACAUGUUAUUGUCCGUGAACCCCUUCAAGCCGCUUAACAUUUACACAGAGGAGCUGAGACAGAAAUACCAGGGCAAAGAGCAGCAGAGAAAUCCACCGCAUGUUUAUGCCAUAGCUGACGCAGCCUUCAGCUUUUCUCAGACCUCCACACAGGAACAGUGCAUCAUGAUAAGUGGCCAAAGUGGUUCAGGGAAGACUGAAGCUACCAAACUUAUAGUCCACUACCUCAGCUCGAUGUACAAGGGCAGAAAUUACAACCUCCGACAGCCCAUGGAGGUCUUUCCAAUCCUAGAGAGUUUUGGGAAUGCCAAAACCAUCCUCAACAGCAACUCCAGCCGCUUUGGCAAGUACCUCCACAUCCACAUUCUUCAAGGAAUUGUUGUAGGGACCUCACUCUCCAAAUAUCUCCUUGAGAAGUCCAGGGUUGUUUUUCAGGCAAAUGAGGAGAGGAAUUACCAUGUGUUCUAUGAACUGCUGGCAGGUAUGAAUGGCUGGGACAAACAAGAGCUCUACCUGCAGGAAGCUGAGACGUAUUACUACCUAAACCAAGGUGGUACCUGUGAGCUGAAGGAGAAGCAGGACAAACAGGACUUUCAGCUUUUGAUUCAAUGCUUUGACAUCAUAGGACUCCAUGCUGAGCAGGUCUCCACUGUCUGGGCCAUCCUCUCCUCUAUCCUACAGCUUGGCAACAUUUGCUUCAGCUCAUAUGAGAGUGAUUCAUUUGAGGUGGCUCAACUCUUCAGUGAGGCCGAGGCCAGGAGGGUGGGCUCACUGUUGCAGAUUUCCUCUGAGGCUCUUCAGACUGUGAUCACUCACAGAGUUACCGAGACCACGUAUGACAGGAUCUACUGCCCCCUGUCUGUGGAAAGUGCCAUAGAAUCAAGAGAUGCCAUUGCUAAAGCCUUGUAUUCUGUUCUCUUUGACUGGUUGGUGGAGCAUAUUAAUGAAUGGCUGAGUCCCACAGAAAUGGACAGCACCGUGGGCAUAGUUGACAUUUAUGGAUUUGAGAACCUGGGAGUGAACAGCUUUGAGCAGCUCUGUAUCAACUUUGCCAAUGAGCAUCUGCAGCAUUUUGUCAACAAGGCAGUAAUCACUCAGGAACAGGAGGAGUACAGUGCAGAACACAUCCAUUGGCAUCCUGUACCACUUAAGCACUUCCACUCCUGUCUGGAGCUAAUCUCCUCCAAGCCACAUGGCAUCCUCCGCAUACUGGACGACCAGACCUGCCUCCCGCAGGCCACUGACCACACAUUCCUCCAGAAGUGCCACUACCAUCAUGGAAACAGCCCCUACUAUGCCAAGCCCAGGAACCCUUUGCCAGUCUUCACUAUUUACCACUAUGCUGGACCUGUCACUUAUCAGGUUCAUCAUUUCCUGAAUAAGAACCACGACCAGUUUAGGACAGAAGUGGUGGAGCUAUUUGCCAGGAGUCGCAGUAAGAUGGUGUCAGAGCUGUUCCAGAAGGUUCAGGACAGUUAUGUUCAGCAGACAGAGUUGGGCUGGAAGAGAAGGGGCCAGCGCCAACAGUCCACUACUGCUGCUUCGCAUUUCCUCCAGUCCUUGACUGAACUUACCACCCGCUUGGAGAGAUGCAAAACUUCCUUCAUUCAUUGUCUGAAGCCAAACUAUGUCAAGCUUCCUGGUAUCUUUGAUGUGGACUAUGUGUCAGCACAGCUGAGGCAUGCGGGGUUGCUGGAGACCAUCCACAUCCGGAAAGAAGGUUUUCCAAUAAGGAUUCAGUACUCCUACUUUGUCUCAAGGUAUGGGGUUCUGAAGGCCCAGCAGUUAAAUGAAAUAUCAGACAGAGAUCAGACAGUGGCUCUGCUGGAAAUAUUGGGUGCUGAGGAGGGACAGUACCAGUUGGGACUCACCAAGGUGUUCCUUAAGGAGCAACUGUACCAGCAGCUGGAAGAAAAAUGGAGCAGCACUCAAACAUGGGCUGCCAUCACCAUCCAGAGAAACAUAAGGGGUUUCCUCUGCAGGAAGAACUUUAGAUUCUUCAAACAGAAAGCCAUUGUCAUCCAGAGCCACAUUCGAGGACACCAGGCCAGGAAGUACUACAAACGUUUGAAGCAGUCCUUCACUCAGUUCUGGGCUUUGAUGCUAAUAACCAGGAACACCAUAAAGAGACAUCACUGGAGAAAGGAAUUACAUGACAGAAGCCAAGUGAAAGCCGUGACAAGGGCAAAAUCUGUCUCUCAAGAGAUGGAUGUGAGGAUGUUAGAGAUCCCUGCUGAGCUGUCCGCCAGACUCCACAGCACAGCAGGGCAGAAGCAGGGAUCAGGAGUCACAGAGGUCUCACCUCCACAGGUGAAAGCAGAACAUAAGCUCAACCUGCCUCUCGAUGUUGACAGAUACCCAUUCUCACGCUAUGCCAAGUCUGUAUUAAAGGAUACAUGGUGCCAGCCUCAAGGAUAUCCCCUUCAGAAACCCCUUACACCUCUAGAACCUGAAGAUGCCAGAACUGCUUUGGAGAUUUACAAACUGAUUUUGCAUUUCACAGGAGAUGUAGAUAUUAGCAGCUGGCAGGAGCAAAUUUUAGGCAACUACAUAGUGGAGAAGGGCCAAAGCCUGCCAGCCUUGAGGGAUGAGAUCCUGGUCCAGCUGGUUUACCAUACUUGGAGCCUGAAGGAGGAGCAGCAAAGCCUGAGGGGCUGGUUGCUGAUGGCCUGCUGCCUAAGUGCUUUCACACCAUCACCAUCACUGGACAAACAUCUACUCAAGUAUGUAUCUGACUAUGGUCCAGGGGAGUACCGUUCACUGUGCCAACAUAAACUGCUGACAUCUAUGAAGCUUCCAUCUCCAACCUGCCGGAUGUACCCACCCACCGAGCUGGAAUGGACCUCCAACCAGAGAAAGGGAACCAUGUUGGUGGACGUUCACACCUACAAUGAUGAGAAGUUUGUAACUGAAGUGGAGUCUUGGACCACAGGAGAGCAGCUAGCGUCGUGGAUUCUUCAUUUCAGAGGUGUUUCGGAAGUGGUACAGGGGUGGUCAGUGUCUCUUUUUUCAAUCGAUGACGGCUGGUCUGAUUUAGCUGGCUCAGAUUUUGUCAUGGAUCUGCUGGCUGGAGCUGAAGCUGAAGUGCUCCCACCAGAAGGGACUCCCUCCUCUACUUACUCUGAUUACCUGUUCAGCAACCAGGGAGAUAGGAUGUUAACAACCGACCUAGAUGACUUUAUACCACCAGCACCACCCGUACAAGCUCCUGGUCUACCUCCUUUUGAAGGAAACCAGUGGAGAAGAGAUUAUCCACAGGAAGGGCGCAGUCGACAGAUGGAGGCCUAUGUUGAUGACAUAUUUGAACCCGUACUGGACAAUGGACCUCCAGACAUGGAAAGAGUAGCUAUUCUGAAUCGCAGGAUGAGAGGGGGAGGGGGGAUUGGACCAAUGCACUCUGGCAUGUAUGGAGCAGGUAUGCCUAUGACAAUGCCAAGCUAUCCUUUGGGAGCACCAGUCAACCCCGCAAUGCCCAGUUAUGGUGCAAAUCCCAUGAUGCCAGCCAUGCCAGCCAUGCCAGCCAUGCCAACCAUGCCAACCAUGCCAGCCAUGAUGAUGCCUCAGGCUCCCAUGCCUGCUCCUGCUGCUGACCCCAUGCAGAUGGCAGCAGCAACGCAACAGGCUCUAAUCAACCAGCAAGCCCUUCUCAUGGCUCAGCAGAUGACCAUGCAGGCAAUGACUCUGUCCCAGCAGCAGGCACAGGAGCAGCAGAAGAAGGAGCAGGAGAGACUGAAAAGGGAGGAACAAAGGCAGAGGGAACAGGAAAGAAGGCAGGAGGAUGAGAGGGAACGGAGGCGUAGGUCAGAACGGCGUUCUAAGGAUCGUUCAAGUUCACCUCCUCCUCAGUCUCACUCACCCCCACCUGUCCAGUCCAAAGCAUCUGCACCUAAAAUCACCCAAAACUACAGUCAGCCUGAGCCAGAAACAGAAGUAAACUUAGAUCCAGAUGAGCUAUACUCUGUCAAAGAUAAGAGGGACUUCUUCCAGAAGAUUGGUGAGUUCAACAACCCUAAAACCCUAAAGACACGUCAAGCCCCAAGCCCAACCAGACAGCAACAGCACUCACCUCCAUUAACUCCUCCUUUGCCCCCACCUGUAGCACCUAAGCCGGAAGUGAAACAUCCACAAAGCCCACCUGCAAGGGAAGUUGACCCCCCAAAAGAAAAACCAACCCCAACUCCCCUCACUAAGCCUCAACCUGAACCCACUUCCAGCAUUCGGGAAAUCAUCAAACAGUUCAACAGCAGACCACAACCAGAACCCGAACCCUUUCAGCCCGUCAGACAUCCUGCAAAAUCAUUUGUAAAGAAGAGUAACCCCAAAGAGGAAGCUCUGGCUAAACUUAAAAACAAAGCACCAGUGGCACAACAGAAGCAAUCUCCACCAUCAACAACGGGUCGCAGAGUCAUCUCCAACAGCAUGAGACAGAAACAGCGCUCCCUGGAGGACCUGUUCAGCUCCCAGCAGCCCCAGCACCCUCCUCCUUCUCCCCCUGACUCCCCACCACCUUCCCCAGGCUUUCAGGACAUCCCUGAGCCACCAUCAAUGGCUGCUCCAUCAAUAAAUGAUGAUAUGCCAGAGGACGAAGGCAUUCAGUCCAAACUCCACCGCUUCUCUGCUGGGGUUUACUUCUCAUACUACAACAUGCCAGGAAAACUGUUCCUGCGAAAAGAAGUUUUUUACCCCAGAGAGAUGUUUAACCAGCCCUAUAUUCUUAAUCUGUUGUGUGAACAGAUAAUCAAGGACACUUACUCUGACAGCUGCGAGAAGAUCAGCAGAGAGGAGAGAAGGAAGAUGAAAGAUCUGCUGGCAAAUUUCAACGUAGGAACAACUAUAAACACCAUCCAGGACAACAACAUGAAGAAGAGGAUUGUCAUUGCAGCUCGAGACAACUGGGAAAACUACUUUACUCGUCUGUUCCCUGUGAAGCCAGACAGUGGGGAUGCCCAGGUGUUGGGUGUGUCUCAUCGCGGGAUUCGUCUCCUCAAGAUGGUGAGGGCAUUGGGGAUAAACCCCAAACAUCUCCGGCUACUCAAAGGUUACAGUUUUGCAGAGGUGCUGUCAGCUCACCUUCAGGGUGAAGACACAGUGGCACUGGAGCUGAAAAGUGAAAAACUGGUGUUGCAGUCACGCAGGGCUCCUCAGAUCAUUGCUAUGAUUCAGUUAUUCAUCCAGGAACUCAUCAAGGACUCAAACCAUGUAGUUGCCCUGAAAAGUUUUGUAACAGAUGACAAGAGUCUACUCAGCUUCAAUAAGGGUGAUAUAAUCAAACUGCUGCCAAUGGAAGGGCUAGAGCCAGGCUGGCGUUUUGGCAACAAGGGAGGACGUUCUGGUCUUUUUCCAGAAGACCUCACCCAGCCAUCUGCAGCCCCAGACUACCACUGUCUCAAUCUAAACCACAGAGAUGAGAAGAGGAAAAGCAUGAGGAAGACUAGAUCUGAACCCAAAGUUCCAUCUCCAGCUCUCAUCAACAAACGCAUGGGCAGCCCUAAUUCAAAGCAGCCUGGAAGAGAGGCUUCACCCCACGGCUUGGUGCAUGGAUCUCUCCAGAGAUCACAACAGAGCUCAAUGCAGGGGUCAGUCCUCAACUUAGAGGUGAACUCACUGAUGGCUGACUUUGCCAUGAAGUACUUCAGACUGGGGACAACAGGUCUGCCAGCCAACGGAAGGAAUUUUUCACAAGUGAUUGAAUACACAGAGACUCCCAUCCAGGAAUCUCUCAUUCUCUAUAAUGACCCUGAAAUCAAGGAGUUAUCUAUUCAGUGUUUCACAAACAUGAUGGAGUACAUGGGAGACAUGCCAAUGAGGAAGAACAGCAGCCAGCCAGAGUGUCUGAGGCAGAUUCUUCUGCUAGGGAAGGAAAAGGAACUGCUGAGGGAUGAAAUAUUCUGCCAGGUUAUCAAGCAAACUACCAACAACCCAAAAAAGUCCAGCUGUUCCUUAGGUUGGCAACUACUCAGUGUGGUGGCUGGCUUUUUCCCUUGCUCUACUACACUGCAGCCUUAUAUCACACGCUACCUCGAUGACAUCUCUCAGGAUUAUGAGCACCCAUACCAUGAACUGGCAUCUUUGAGUCAUGAUAACCUCCAGCGCUCUCUUCGUUUUGGUGGUCGCCGCAAUAUCCCCUCAUAUCCCGAGAUAGAAGCAAUACUGGCUGGCCAAACUUCUAUCUAUAUUCCUAUCCACCUGCCAGGAGGAGUGGAAUUUCCCAUACAAAUAAAAAACUUCAGUGUCACUGAAGAUGUGGUAAUGGAGCUGUGUAAAGAAAUGGGCAUCACCCAACUCAAAGAAAUCAAAGAGUUCUCCAUCCUUGUCAUUAGACAACAAGAUGGGAUUGUGCGUCCCCUUCAUUUUGAGGAGUACCUGUUUGACUUUCUGGUGGAGGACAACUCAAGCUCCUUGUUGCUGAGAAGAGUGAUGUGGAGAAUGCCUCUUUCUUUCAUCAAUGAUCUUUAUGUGGAUUUCCACUACCAACAGCUUCUUGCAGACUAUCUGAGCGGGCAACUGAUGCUUCCUCCUGUCACAGGAGGGUCAUCAACAAUCCAGCAGAUAGCAAUGCUGUCAGCCCUGCAGCAUCUGGCUCUGGGCCUGCAGGACCAGCCCUCACUGUCAGAAAUAAAGGGGUACCUGCCUUCCCACACUGGGCUCCGUAAUAAAGUGGAGGAGAUCCUCACUUUCUGUCAGGGUCGGAUUGCUGCCAUGCAGUCCCUUAGCCCUCAAAAUGCCAAAGUACAAUUCAUUGAAAUUCUGAGUUCUCUGCCCCUGUUUGGAUCCAACACUUUCCUGGCUGAGAAGGUGAGCCAGCGUGGUUGUCCUUCUCCGUGUGUGGUCUGCAUCAACCAGGAAGGAGUGCUGUUCCUCCACUCUAAAACACAGGAGCAAGUGUUUCGGAUUCCUCUGACUGAUGUUCAGUUCAUGCGCACCAUUCACCCCAAUAAAAAAGGCAAGGUGCCAGCCGUGGACAUUGACUAUGGCAAUCCAGCUGCUCCCAAAAAAAUCACCAUUCAUCUCAAACAGGCUAAACAGUUGUGCCACACCCUUGCUCUAAUAAUGGAAGAGCUGAUUCGACCAGCAAUCUCCAGUUCCAUUUCAAAGUAGAUUCAGUAGAU